AUGAGACAACUCACUUCCUUUUGUUUCUCGACACUAUUCUUGCUUCGAACGGACAACCUCUAUGCCACCCGUUCUCCCAGGAUAGGCUCGGGUCAGUACAUUGUCCUCAAGGCGAGUUUCAAGGGAAAAUUGGCCAAACAGUAUGCCGAGGAACAAAAGAUGGCGAAACAGACCAGACGAACGUUCAAAGCACCAUGCAAGAAAGUGCUGCGGCUCUACGCGGGCCUGCCGAGGCCGUACGACUCGAUCCUGAUAGGAAACAUGGGGAUGUGGGCGAACUAA